ACCGCUACGCCUUUCAGCCAUUUCUACCCAUCUCGGUUUCUGGCGUUCAAUACGAGCCUUCGCCGGGACACUCCUGCUGUCGAGAAACGAACGCUAUCUUCGCGCAGCUUUCCAAGAUUCCUCAAUCCUGAGCACGACCUAUUUUCUCUUUUACACACACCUGAGGCAUCCCAAGGGUUACAAGACAAGAAAGGCUGCAAGCUUGGGACAGUGAGAUACUUAUAAUCGCAAUGGCUGGCCUGUCAUUGCAAACGCUCUUCUUCAUUGGCCUUCAAGUACUGGGCCGAGUCGCCUGUUUGGAAGAGGUCAGCGAUCGGCAAUGCAACUGUUAUUUAACCAAUGAAACCAGCACGAAUUACUUCACAACACACAAUUUCUUUGACUUCCGGGCACUCACGCAGUACGCAAACGUACCUAGUCCCAUCGCGGAUCCAUAUGAUAGCAGCGAUGCUGAUGAAACGAGCGAUUACUUCCUCGACAAAGACUGGACCAAUGUAUGGGGUAUUCAGCGAUGGAAUAACAGCGAUUCAGUGGACUCAGGCGAUGUACCAGUCCUUCUAGUGAAUUCACCGAAUAACAUUUAUAUCCAAGAGAACACGGAUGAGAAUCCCUCAUCCGAGACCUUUUUAACGAUGAGAACAAUGAGGUACAGAGGCUACCAAUCGGCGGCAGAGUUCGAAUCCAUUUCGAAAGCUUACCACUUUCUCUCGGUGCGAAUGUACGCUAGGACGUUAGGCCCUCCGGGCGCAGUAACAGCCAUGUUCACGUACAGAGACGACGGUGAUGGUUCUGACCUCACUACUGUCCAAGAGUCUGAUCUUGAGAUUCGAACCCAGGAUCCCAAGGACAAAGUUCAAUACACGAAUCAGCCUUCAUAUAAUGCGGCAGGCUACGAUAUCCCACAAUCUACUCGAAACGUGACGACUCCUAUACAGGCAGACUGGACUCAAUGGUCUAUCCACCGGAUGGAUUGGACACCCAAAGAUACGACCUGGUACAUCGACGGUAGAAAAGUGGCCUCAAUCGCCUUCCAAGUGCCCCGCGAUCCGAGCCAAGUCAUUUUCAACGCAUGGUCAGACGGUGGCGAAUGGUCCGGCAACAUGACAGUUGGUAGCGAGGCAUACCUGCAAAUACAAUGGAUCGAAAUGGUUUAUAAUACGACCGGCGAUGAGAAAACGACCGACAAGCGGGACAGCGAUGCCGUCCAGUCCUUAUGGAAUGUGAAAAGAGCUGAAGAGGGCUGUCAAAACAUCUGCAGCAUUGAUGAGACGCCAACAGUCGGGACGCCAGUACUGCUCCAAGGCGCUGCCUCAAGGAUGUCGGAUCAUGUUUUGGGCUUUGGCGUGGCUUAUGUCUGGAUCCCCUUGUUGUUGGCCACGUUCCUAAUCUAAAAAGUAGAGCUUCCCGGGUAUUUAGGCAGUCAACCAACGUGAAGAGAAAAAUCAAAGAUCUAUGACAGUGAACAAACAAUUCACGGGAGAGUGACCUAGCA